AUGUCAGGAAACCCGGGAAGCUCGAUGAGCGCAUUGAGGCCAACUCCUCCAGAGAGAGGCUCCUUUCCACUAGACCAUGAUGGAGAGUGCACGAAGUUCAUGCAAGAGUAUCUUAAGUGCAUGCAGCUGGUGCGGAACGAGAACGCAAUGAACUGCCGCCUGCUGGCCAAGGACUAUCUGCGGUGCAGGAUGGACCAUCAAUUGAUGGACUACGACGAGUGGACUCACUUGGGCCUUCCAGAGGAUGCUUCCGGCAAGAGCGCCGAUCAUAAAAGCAAUAGUGCGAAUAACGAUAGCCGCCCAGGUCAGAACAUCAGAUAG